AUGGUUAUCAACAAUCUAAUAUUAUUGAUUCUUUCCACGUUUAUCGGGAGAGUGUACUCUUUAGAGUUGGAUUUGGAUAGUUUCGAGUCCUUACAAAAUGCGACUGCUUUGGUCGCAUACGGUUUAAUGGAUUAUUACACUGGUAAUCAGUACGGUAAAACCGUUGGUAUGUUUUCUGACCCAUACUAUUGGUGGGAAGCAGGUGGUGCAUGGGGAUCCAUGAUCGAUUUCUGGUACUAUAUGGAUAAUAAUACAUAUAACGAUGACAUCAUGGCUGCUUUAUUGCAUCAAACAGGUGAUGACUGGGAUUAUAUCCCUUUAAAUCAAUCAACCACCGAAGGUAAUGAUGAUCAAGCGUUUUGGGGUAUUGCAGUAAUGACUGCAGCUGAAAGAAAUUUCACUAAUCCACCAGAUGAUCAACCUCAAUGGCUUUACUUGGCGCAAGCUGUUUUCAAUACUAUGGCUUUACGUUGGGAUGAUGCUACAUGUGGUGGUGGUUUAAGAUGGCAAAUCUUUACGUGGAAUUCAGGUUACGAUUAUAAGAAUACCGUUUCCAAUGGUGCUCUAUUCCAUCUUGCAGCAAGAUUAGCAAGGUAUACUGGUAAUACAAGUUACGUUGAUUGGGCUGAAAAAGUUUACAACUGGAUGGAAGAUACAUACCUUAUUUCUAAUGGUACUCAAAUGUUUGUCUAUGAUGGUGCUAGUGUAACUGAUAAUUGUACAACCGUAACAAAGUAUCAAUGGACUUAUAACCAAGGGCUUCUAUUAAGUGGUUCUGCAUAUUUGUAUAAUUUCACUGAAAGCGAGUUGUGGCAUGAAAGGACAAAGGGGUUUUUAAACGCAAGUGUUGUGUUUUUCAAUAACAGUAUCAUGUAUGAAGCCGCAUGUCAAGGUCCUCAAACAUGUAACACCGAUCAAAGAUCGUUUAAAGCUUAUUUCUCAAGAUUCCUGGGGGCUACCGCACAGUUGGUUCCCGAAACAAGAGAUACAGUCAUGCAUUGGGUUAAUACAUCCGCUGUCGCUGCCGCCACUUCUUGUUCUGGUGGUACAGAUGGUCACACGUGUGGUAUCAACUGGUUUUAUGGUGGAUGGGAUGGAUACUAUGGCCUAGGUGAGCAAAUGUCUGCGUUAGAAAUCAUGGUAAACACAAGAGCUUUACAUAAACCCGGUCCUUACACUUCUGAAAACGGUGGUUCUUCUAUGGGUGACGGUGCGGCAGGCACUCAAGCUACUGCAACUAAUUUGUCUCCACUUAAUGUCACACCGGGCUCAAAAGCUGCCGCUGGUAUUAUUACUGCCGUCAUCGGUAUUUCGAUUUUUGCAUGUGUACUAUGGUUAAUUUAUUAA